AUGACAGGCUAUUAUGGCUAUCCUAAUGGAGGUCGUAGAACUGCCGCUUGGAACUUUCUCCGUCAACUCUCUAAUCAAUUUGCAGGGCUUUGGUGUAUUUUUGGGGAUUUCAAUGAUAUCCUGGAUGCAAAUGUUCCGAUUGAAGGUUAUCCCUAUACUUGGUUUAAGAGCCUUGGUACACCACGCGCGGUGGAGGAAAGGUUAGAUCGUGCACUCGCUAACAAUUUAUGGUUAAAUUUAUUUCCUAAUGCUUCUGUUCAAACGCUUGUGGCACCCGCGUCAGAUCAUUAUCCUAUUCUUCUAAACAGUGCUCCCAAGUCGCGACCUCAGGUGUAUUCCACUGAUUCUCUGAUUCCGAAGUUGUCCUCAUGUGCGGACGACAUGUCCGUUUGGAAAAAGUCUCAUUGCCACAAACUAAAGAUUGACAUAGAAUAUUGCCGCAAGCAAUUGCAAAGUACUCGUUCGAGUGCAUCAGGUGUGGAUCAGGUCCGUAUGUUUGAACUAAGAAAGCGUAUGCAGCGCCUUUUAUCUCAAGAUGAUGCUUAUUGGCGGCAACGUGCAAAGACUCAUUGGUACAAGGAUGGCGAUAGAAACACCAAAUUUUUUCAUGCAUCUGCUACAGCUCGUAAAAAGGUAAAUCGCAUUAUUUCUCUUGACGAUGAUGUCGGUAAUAAAGUUACUAAUGAGCAAGGCUUGAGAGAUGUGGCAAAACAAUAUUUUGCGAAUAUUUUCCAAAAGCAAACUGGCGACUUUGCCUCUGUUAUUAAUUCUGCUAUUUCCGACUCGGAUAAUGACAUGCUUACUACUCCAUUUACCAAGGCCGAAUUCCGUGAUGCAAUUUUCUCUAUGCAUCCGGACAAGUGCUCCGGUCCUGAUGGCUAUAAUCCGGGUUUUUAUCAGCACUUUUGGAAUUUAUGCAGCGACGAUGUUUUUAAGGAAUGUUGUGCUUGGUUAGAUACGGGACAAUUCCCUCCUGAUUUGAAUAUUACUAACAUUGCUCUUAUUCCAAAAGGUUCUACGCAGGUUAGUAUGAAGGAUUGGCGCCCUAUAGCACUUUGUAAUGUCUUGUAUAAAAUUAUUUCCAAGGUACUCGCAAACAGGUUGAAGAAAGUUUUGUCUCAAUGCAUCUCAGAUAACCAAUCCGCUUUUGUUCCGGGGAGAUCUAUCCUAGAUAAUGCUAUGGUCGCAAUCGAAGUUUUGCAUUUUAUGAAAACCAAGACGCGAGGCGAAGACAGGUAUGUUCCUCUGAAACUUGACAUUAGCAAAGCCUAUGAUCGUAUGGAUUGGGACUAUUUGAGGGCUGUUAUGAAUAAAAUGGGAUUUAAUAAUUGUUGGAUUCAUUGGAUGAGUAUGUGUGUCGAGUCUGUCGAUUAUUCUGUGCUUGUUAACGGUGAACAGGUUGGUCCCAUUAUUCUAGGGCGUGGUCUGCGUCAAGGGGAUCCUCUUUCCCCGUAUUUGUUUAUUAUUUGUGAUGAAGGCUUAUCUUCGCUCAUUAGAGAUGCUGAGAUACGAGGUGAGCUCACGGGUACAGAAGUUUGUCGACGCGCACCACCUGUGUCCCAUCUUUUGUUUACGGAUGACUGUUUUCUUUUUUUCAAAGCUGAUGAGAUGCAGGUGAACGUUAUGAAAAAUAUUCUUUCUACUUAUGAGUUAGCGUCAGGUCAAGCUAUUAGCCUUACAAAAUCUGAGAUUUAUUGUAGUGGUAAUGUGUCUGACAAUCUCAAACAUACUAUUACUACUAUUCUUCAAGUUGUUUUGGGCACAGGUAAAUAUCUGGGUUUACCUUCUAUGAUAAGUCGAGAUCGUAAUGCAACGUUUGCUUAUAUAAAGGAUCGGGUGUGGCAGAAAAUUAAUUCUUGGAGUGGUAAGUGUCUCUCUAAAGCAGGUCGUGAGGUUAUGAUAAAAUCUGUUUUGCAGGCUAUCCCAUCAUAUGUGAUGAGCAUUUUUCAGUUACCAACCACCUUAAUCGACUCAAUUGAGAAGAUGAUGAACUCAUUUUGGUGGGGUCAUGGUAGAACAACACAGCGCGGUAUUCGCUGGAUGAAUUGGGAGAAAUUAUCCGCCCCAAAAAUUCAUGGAGGUAUGGGUUUUAAAGAUUUAUCUGCUUUUAAUUUAGCUAUGCUAGGAAAACAGGGUUGGAAGCUUAUCACAGAAUCAGAUUCUUUGGUUUCUCGGAUUUUCAAAGCUCGAUAUUUCCCUUCUGGCUCCUACCUCACGGCUGUAAUAGGGCAUAACCCUAGCUAUGUCUGGCGCAACAUUAUGCGUGCUAGAUUCCUUGUGCGUGGUGGUGCUCGGUGGAGUAUAGGUUCAGGUGCAUCUAUUUCUAUCCUAAACGAACCUUGGUUACCCAAUGGGGAGUUUAUUAGUAGCGAGGAUCCAGGUGCUCCUUUUGUUCAAAAUUUUACUAUUAAUAGCUUGAUGAAUUUGUAUGACAAAAGCUGGAACGAACAGGUGAUUAAACAAGUGUUUAGUACUUCUAUAGCAGAUAAAAUACUUCAUACCCCGCUUAUACAUCAGGUUGUAGAGGAUAGAAUCAUUUGGAAAGCGGAACGACAUGGUCGGUAUUACGUGCGUAGUGCAUACAAAUUAUGUGUAACUGAUUUGAUCGACUCUUCUUAUAACUGGCGGCCAGGUUAUUGGUCUGGGAUUUGGAAGCUUAAGGCCCCACCAAAAGUCAAGAACUUACUAUGGCGCAUGUGUCGGGGCUGCCUCCCAACACGAGUCCGUUUGUUAGAUAAAGGAGUUGUAUGUCCGACCGAUUGUGCUAGUUGUGAUUCAAACCAUGAGGAUCUUAAGCAUGUGUUUUUUGAUUGUCCUUUUGCUGUACAGGUGUGGAACAGAACCGACUUGUGGGGAUCUGUACAACAUGCUCUUUCUUCCACUGUUUCGGUUACAGAUGUUAUUUUCUCCCUGCUAGAGCAACUGUCUGUGGAAUUAGCUCAGCGUCUGGUAACAGUGUUUUGGAGCAUUUGGAAACACCGGAACCUCAGAGUUUGGGAUAAUGUCACAGAAACCAGUGCAACGGUAGUGGAGCGUGCUAGAAAUAUGGUCGUUGAUUGGCAACUGGCUAAUACUCAUGCGGUUCUUGCAUCAACAGCGCAACCAUCAGCCUUCACCGACCCUUGCGUUGGGGGCUUCCACUUCGGCACAACCUACCACUCACGUGGCAGCAUCCUACCCCGGGGAGAUACAAAUGCAACAUUGACGCGGCUUUUUCCUCUCAAUUCAACCGCACAGGUAUUGGAAUUUGUGUUCGUGACUCAGAUGGUACUUUUGUGUUGGCCAAGACAGUCAGAUAUUCUUGUAUGGUUUCGGUUGAUGUGGGUGAAGCUUUAG